ACUCAGGUAGUAAGUUAUUGGCCGGAUCCAUCUACCCAUAAGGAAAAAUAUACUGGGAUUCCUGGCGUUGAUGAUUUCUUGAAUAUUUUGGUACCUUUCUUUACGGAUGCUCUUAAUGAUCCUACUGGGCUACUUCUUAGUCACCUGGGAACACCGUUGCUUUUAGUCUUAUUUUUUAAUUUAGCUUUAGAAGCAUCUGAUCCUGGUGUGAGUG